AUGGGCUAUCAGGGCCAGCAGCCCGUCGUCCCACCACAGAGCGAUCUAGAUGACAAAGGACUCAUUUCUGAACAUAAGCACAAAGGGAAAACUUGCCGUCAGCCUGCUGCUGUUUUUAAUGUUGUCAACUCUAUUAUAGGAUCUGGUAUAAUAGGAUUGCCUUAUUCAAUGAAGCAAGCUGGCUUUCCUCUCGGAAUAUUGCUUUUAUUCUGGGUUUCAUAUGUUACAGACUUUUCUCUUGUUUUAUUGAUAAAAGGAGGGGCUCUCUCUGGAACGGACACUUACCAGUCUUUGGUCAAUAAAACCUUUGGCUUUCCAGGGUAUCUGCUCCUCUCUGUUCUACAGUUUCUGUAUCCAUUUAUAGCUAUGAUAAGUUACAACAUAAUAACUGGAGACACUUUGAGCAAAGUUUUCCAAAGAAUCCCAGGAGUUGACCCUGAAAACUUGCUCAUUGGUCGCCACUUCAUUAUUGUGUUUUCCACGAUUGUCUUCACUCUGCCUUUGUCCCUGUACCGAGACAUAGCGAAGCUUGGAAAGAUUUCUCUUAUUUCUACCGUUUUAACAACUCUGAUUCUUGGGAUUGUAACAGCAAGGGUCAUCUCAUUGGGUCCAUACAUACCAAAAUCAGAAGAUGCCUGGGUGUUCGCAAAACCCAAUGCCAUUCAGGCCCUUGGUGUCAUGUCAUUUGCAUUUAUUUGCCACCAUAACUGCUUCUUAGUUUAUGGUUCUUUGGAAGAACCUACAGUGGCUAAGUGGUCCCGCAUCAUCCAUUUGUCCACCUUGGUGUCUGUCUUUAUAUGUAUCCUUUUUGCUACAUGUGGAUACUUGACAUUUACUGGCUUCACCCAAGGAGACUUAUUUGAAAAUUACUGCAGAAAUGAUGACCUGGUAACAUUUGGAAGGUUCUGUUAUGGAGCCACUGUCGUUCUGACGUAUCCCAUCGAGUGCUUGGUGACGAGAGAGGUAGUUGCCAAUGUGUUUUUUGGUGGGAACCUUUCACCAGUUUUCCACAUAAUCAUAACAGUGGUUAUCAUUACCACAGCCACGCUCGUGUCAUUGCUGAUUGAUUGUCUUGGAAUUGUUUUAGAACUCAAUGGUGUGCUCUGUGCGGCUCCACUAAUUUUUAUCAUUCCGUCAGCAUGUUAUCUGAAACUUUCUGAGGAACCGAGGACGCACUCUGAUAAGAUUAUGUCCUGUGUCAUGCUUCCCAUCGGGGCCGUGGUGAUGGUGGUCGGGUUUGUCAUGGCCGUGACAAAUCGUCAAGACUGCACACAUGGGCAGGAAAUGUUCUACUGCUUUCCUGACAACUUCUCUCUCACAAACAUCUCAGUUGCUCAGAGUCAACUCACAACUCAACUUUCGAUUGUAAACACUAGUAUCUUUUAAUGAGUUGACUGAUUUUUAAAGUAUGUACAUUUUCAUAGACUU